AUGUCCUCGGUGGCCUCUACCUCACAGGCCGCUGAGAGAAGGCCUGCAAAACGACCCAAAUAUACACGAGAGGAAUCGGUGCGCUCGUGGUCGUCAACGACGCCCAGCAGGCGAGAGGUGGAAGAACGCGCAGCUCAAGAGCUCGAAGCACAGCGCAGAGCGUCGCGUCAACGCGUGUUAUCGGUAUGGGAAAGCCUCGAAAAGCGAUAUCAUCGUGACUUGGAUGACGACGAUAUUGUCGACCUCGAGUCCAUGACGCUAAUUCAAGACGCGGGCACCCUUCGACAGAUAAAGGAUGUUCCUUUUGGAUCUCUUGCAGCUGAGGAUGCUAGUGGCAGUGAAGGAGACGACGAUGAAGAGGACGAGCUGGCCAUUUGGAACGACGAACGACAUUCUGCCGAUGCACUUGUGCAAACGCAAGAGGCGGCUCGGAAAACACGUCUCACCGAAGAGGACGAGCGAGAUCUCGAAGAAUUUCUGCGCGUCGAACAUCAAAGGCGGCAGGAGGAAGGCCUUUCCGAUGACCAGAGUCAGCCAGAUGGGUUUGACGAAGGAUUUACCGAGGGAGGCACAACGACAGAUGGUGCUUUCAGUGAAAGGCAGUUCACUGAUGGAGACGAGAGGAGCGAAGACCAAGUGACCGACGAAGAGGAGUCUUCCGCCUCCUCAUUCCGACUCAAAUCUGAUCGAGAAGCGGGAGGCGAGGAGGAAGAGUCCUCCUCCGAUGAAUUAGUCGCUCCUCCAGCAUCCAGGACCGCAGCCUCCGAAUCUGCCUUCAACCAGUCCGAGCCCGACUCGGAAGAGGAGAGCAGUGACGAUGAAUUAGCGCUUCCAUCGUCACAAGCUUCAAAGGCCCCAUCGUACCGACCUACCAAGGGACUAGAAAAUACUCAGCUUUCCACACCUCCCCGAUCCAAAUCUAGUGCCUUCACCCAAGCUUCCGAUCGUUCCAGCCACAAUAUUCCCCGUUCACAAUCCGACACGAGGCGCGUCAACCAUUCCCCCCUUCCCAAACAUCCACCAAGGCCUAUCCCAGCGAAGAAUGCAUCUUCGCUGGGAAAACGCAAACGAAUCUCGACGCCUCCAUUGUCACCUCCUGUUCGCUUUGUUCCACCUAAACACCCGGAAUCAUACUAUCAGCGUCAUGGUGCUUCAAGUUCUCGUGCGGCUGACCGACAAUCGCAUCACUCAUCCACUGGUCACAGAUAUUCGAACUCUUUAGAUACUCAUCUUACUUCCGAGUAUGAUGACUUUGAUGCCUCGAGUUAUGGGUAUAGCGGAAGAAGAUCUCCGGAUUACUCGGAGCGAACCUCCACUUCCGAGCGAAGAGACGAGGAUCUCAGAACUCCCGAUUUAUCACAGCUACUGUUUCACCUCAAGAAGGUCAAUGAUUGGGUCAAAACCCAUCAUAUCCCGGAGUUGGAGGACGAAGAACCAGCUGAUGUGAACCCUCGCCCGUUGUACACACCGUCAAAGAAUUCAAACUUUCCAACGUUUCCCGGAAGCACGUCUCGCUCAUUCUCGACGCCGAGGAACGCGCAAAGGCACCAAUUCAGGGAUAUCGGAACAUCAUCCACCCACUCGAAUAGGUCAUUUUCUAGUUCGAUGGGGCCUCCACCUACACCAGUGAAACUAUUCGAAUCAUCUCCGCUCAAGGGCACGUUUUCUGCUUCUCCGUCUCCCGUCAAAUCCAGCUCGUCGAGUAGACACCAUCACGCCCACUCGACAUCAAUGUCAAAAUUACAUCCUCUGGACGAAGACUGCCCCACUCGUCGCAAGCCUCGUCGCAGCUUCAACGAGGAUGCCGAAGGUUACGAUUUCUCAUACCGCUCCGUUUCAACGGUCCGCGACUCGUCCCCAAGCAGAAGAUAUGAGCAUCGCGCGCGGAAUUAUGGCACGAGCAAUACGCCCCGCAGAGACAAUAGCCAUAUUAUCGCUCCUCUUACCCAAUCGCGCCGUUAUUGA